AUGGUGGCUCUAGGUGCUAAAUCAACCACUCUGACUCAGAUUCUGGAAGGACUCACCUUUAACCUGACAGAGAUUGAGGAGAAGGAGAUACAUGAAGGUUUUCGUGAUCUCAUUCACUGGCUAAACAAUCCUGACAGUGAGGUCCAGCUGAAUCUGGGAAAUGCCCUUUUUGUUGAUGAGAAGCUGAUAUUGCUGCAGAAGUUUUUGGAAGACAUCAAAAGCUUGUAUGAAGCAGAAGCUUUUCAUAGUAACUUCCAGAAUUCUCCAGAGACUGAGAAACAGAUCAAUGAUUAUAUAAAGAAGAAAACCCAUGGGAAAAUUGCCAACUUGGUCCAGGGUCUUGAUCCAUUCGCUCUAAUGGUUCUUGUCAACUAUGUUUACUUUAAAGCCUACUGGGAAAAUCCUUUCAGUGAUUUGCUCACCCAUGAAGCAGACUUUUUUGUGGAUGGGAAAACAUCAGUUAAAGUAAAUAUGAUGACCCGAGAUGGAUUUUAUAACACUCACUAUGAUAAGGAGUUGUCUUGUCAGCUGGUGGAAAUACCUUACAAUGGAAAUGCUACAGCAUUAUUUAUCCUGCCCGAUGAAGGAAAAAUGAAGCAAGUGGAGGAUGCUCUAUUGAAAGAAACUGUGUCUAAAUGGAAGAAUGAACAGAGGGAUUAUGAGAAGGCUUAUCUUUUCAAGAGAUACAUGAUCCUCAUGUACUAUUCCAAAGACAGAAAACCAGAGACUAGUAUCAGUCUGUGCUCCUAUGAUGUCAAAGAGAUAUUCAAGAGAUUGGGUGUGAUCGAUGUAUUCGAGAACCAUGCCGAUCUAUCUGGAAUCACUGAGAAUUCCAAGCUGAAGGUUUCAAAAGCUGUUCACUAG